AAGACUGUCAUUGCCCCUUGAAUUGCGUCACACCUCGUGAAACAGCUGUGCUGGUUUAUGACAUUCAAUCGUGUUUUUUAAUAAAUAAUGAAUUCCUCGUAUUAUAAAUACUGUAUAGUGCCCCAAUGUAAAAGUACAACGAUAAAAACGCCAGACAAAUUAUUCAUAUACGUUCCAAACAAUAAAAAAAUUCGAAGAAUGUGGUUAAAAAUGGCAAGGAGGAAAGAUGCUCUUACCUUAUCAACUAAUUCCACAAUUUAUUUCUGUGAAGAUCAUUUUGAUUUGCCAAACGAUAUGAUUAAUUAUACAGAGUAUCAUAUUAUGGGUAAAGUCUCUAAAGUGCGCAUGAAACCAGGUUGUAUACCAAGGAAGUUCGAAUGCCAAGAAGAUAGAAGGAAACGGACGUGCAGGUAUAAGGAACGACCAUAUAUGUUGAAAAAACAAAGAAUGUCAAUAAUCGCAGAGUGUAUGAAUGAACCAGAACAAAGUAGUACCUUAAGUUCAUCUGCCCGGGAUACUUCUAAAACAAGUUCAGAUUUUAAAUUAGUUGGAGAGAAUGUACCCGAAACACAUGAAACUUUAUGUGAACUAACAGCGAAUAAAUCUGUUCAAUCAUUAAUAACACACAAAUUCAGAAGUAAACCUAUCCAGACUACAAUUAAAUCAACAGAAAAUGCACUAUCACAGUUGAAACCACCAAAAAUAUCUACCUCCACAUCCCCGUUCAAAUCGGAAACUAUUAUAAAUUCAAGUCCUUCUAUGUCCGGUCUCAGCAAAACUACAAGAAAUAUGUCUAAUGAAGCAGAACAGUCAGAUAGUGACAUUUCUUUAUAUGUACUAUCUACAUCUACCACCAGCUGCUCGCCUGUUCAUUCUAUGAAAGUAGAAUCCUCUUAUGACUGUAGUGAAUUUAUUGAAGAAGAUGAAAAGGUAGAAACAAAAGAGGCCAUAUGGAAUGUGAUUGAAAAAAUUGAGAAAAGGCCUCGACUGUACAUUGAUGUUCCAAGCAAGUGUUACUAUUUGAUUGAUAUAAUAAAAGAUGAAGUAAAUAUUCCUGAACAUCAUUUCUAAUAGUUGACAAUAUAAGAAUAAUGAUUAUGACUCGGUUAUUUUCAAAUAUUAUUACUGUCUUCAAUUUAUGUUAGCUGAUUUAAAAUAUUUUAUUAUAUUAGUCUUUAAAGUCAUACCAAAUAUUUAUUUUAAUCUUUUUUUAUGGCUAGUGAGCUUUAAAUUUACUUUAUAAGGUUAAAUUACUUUAUACGACAAUGUUAAUUAAAGUGAAAAUUUUGUCUAAAACAAUGUUAUAUUGAUUCUUAUAAGAAACGUUAUAAUCAUUAGAGCAUAAAGGCAGAUUGAAUAAAAUUUCAUACUAUUUACCUCCA